GCCAGCACGGCAUCAGUGACUCAGCUAGCCGUAGCAAUGGACCACGACGGCGGCGGGAGGAGCAGCAGCCGGCUCCGGGAGCGGCUGGCCCGGAUGUUCAGCCCGGGCUCGCUGCUUCGCUCGACCUGCAACACCAACGCGUCCACCUGUUCCUCGUCGUCGUCCACGGCCCCCGGCGCGGGGGCGUCGUGCAAGCCUCCGCCGAGUUCCGCGUGCUCCUCCAGCCGCGCGCUCCUCGCCGCGGACGCCGCCGUCGCCCGCGACAGGGACUUCUACCUCGCCUCCUCCAGCCGCGAUUACGCGGCCGUCGUGGGCCGCACCGAGUCCUUCUCCACCGCCAUCGACCGACUCCACCGUCGCGCGGUCGUCGCCCCGGCACCUCCCUCCCGCUUCUCCGUCGAUGCACCGCCUCUGCUGGAGAGCAAGAAGGAGAAGGAAAAGGAGAAGAGCCCUCGCGAGUACACUACUCAUCACCACCACAAUCUCCUCAGUGGUGGUGUCAAGAACGACAAGACCAAGAUGAAGCUGCUGUCGAACCCCUACGGCUUCAGCAGCUCGGACGACGCCGACGCCGACACGGACGGCGCCGACGUCUUCAGCAGCGACGCCGAUGAUCUCGGCGGCCGCGGCGGGGCCAAGAAGCUAGGGGAGUCGGCGGAGACCUUCUUCUCUUCCUCGAGAAGCUUCUCCUCCGACUCCUCAGAAUUCUACACCAAGAAGAAGAACAAUAAGAAGAAGUCCCCUGCAUCGUCGGCGCCCAAGCCGCCGCCGCCGCCUCCGAGGACCAAGAAGGAUCAUCAGAGGCGGCACCGUCGCGCGGCGAGCAGCUGCGACACGUGCGGCGUGAGGGACGGGUUCCGUCCUGUGGUGUGUGCGGCGGAGGAGCGGGUGCGCAAGGGGUUCGCGGUGGUGAAGCGGUCGCGGGACCCGUACGCGGACUUCCGGUCGUCGAUGGUGGAGAUGAUCCUGGGGCGGCAGCUGUUCGGCGCGCCGGAGCUGGAGCGGCUGCUGCGGUCGUACCUGUCCCUGAACGCGCCGCGCCACCACCCCGUCAUCCUCCAGGCCUUCUCCGACAUCUGGGUCGUCCUCCAUGACGGCUAGCUCUAGCUAGCUUCAUCAAUAAUCAACUAGAACCAUCUUGGCUGAUCAUGUCACGGAUGGUAAUUAAGCUUCUUGUGAUCUGGUACUGUUCAUGGUUAAUCAGGAGGAGGAGCUAUCUUAAUCAAUUUGAUUUUAAUGUUGAUCGGUCUCAGUUGAUUAGAUGACCUCUUCCGUGUAAUGUACCGUGCUGUUCUUGGCUAGCUCAGCUCAGCUCAGCUGGCUUCUGAUUUGGAAGUGGGUUUGGA